AGAAAAUGAUACCAAAAUGGUGGUGUCUGAUGAUUGUAUUUUCAGCCUUUAUGAUUCAAGCGAUAUCAUUUGGUACAGCAGGAGCCAUUGGAUUGUACAACAUAGAAUUUAUAGAUUACUUCAAAGUUGGAGCAGCUGAGGUCUCCUUGAUUGGUUCCAUUAACCUUGGUGUUUUCCUAGGAGCAGGUCCUUUUGUGAGUUUACUAAUGAGACAUAUGAGUUACAGAAGAGUAGCUGUCAUUGGGAGUUUACUCAGUACUAUUAGUUUGAUGUGUGUUCCAUUUUUAGAUAAUAUCAUCUAUCUGUAUAUUAUAUAUGGAAUCUUUACAGUUACAGGUUUAGGAUUUGCUAUGGUAUACCUACCAUCAAAUGUGUUAGCAGGCCUGUAUUUCAAUAAACAUCGGAGUCUUGCUGCUGGUAUCGCAACAAGUGGAUCUGGCAUAGGAGCCGUAAUAUUUCCAUUAUUAGUACACAGUUUGAUCCAGUAUUAUGGCUGGAAGGGGUCAGUUUUCAUCCUUGCUGGACUCAGUUUACAAUGCAUUGUAUUAUCUGCUUUGUUAUUUCCACUGGCAGAAAAUCCAGACAAAAAAGAACUGAAGUUAGUGUUGACAAACAGCAAUAUACAUGACAAACAAACAAAUCAUCCUGAUAUUGACUACACGAGGAACAAUGGUAAAUGUGAGAAUUACAAUGGUCACACAUGUAUAUCAGAGAAUGACAAAUCAGUUCAGCAAAAUUGCAAAGUCACAAAAUUAAUGGAAAAUUUUGAGCCUGAAGCUGAAAAAAGAUUAAAGCAUUGCUAUGUUUUAUGUAAUUUUUCUUUCUUUAUUCUCUUUCUUAAUAACAUACUUUGGAAUAUGGGAGUUGCAAUUUCUUGGGUCCUUGCUCCAGAGUACUUUGUAUCAAUGGGAUUGACCAAAGAAAAUGCAGCUACUAUUUCAACUUUUAGUGGAGUUGGUUGUUUCAUUGGUUGUAUAAUUGGUGGAGGACUGGGAAACAUACAAAGCCUAUGUAGAUUGUCUAUGUAUAUAUCAUGGAAUAUUGCAUUAGGAAUAUUUUUAAUGUUAUUGCCGUUAAAAAUAUUUCAAUCAGUUGAAAUUUUGUCAUUGAUAAUGUUUUUAAAUGGACUUGGAUUUGGAGGAAUUUUAGGACUACUUGUCAUUUUUACAGUUGACCUGCUAGGUGAAAAAGCUUUGGGUGAUGGUUUUGGAUAUUUGAUGUUCAGUAAUGGUGUAGGAUCUAUAAUUGGUCCACCGCUUGGAGGUGAGUAA